AUGAAGAAAAACAGUAUUAUAGCACUAAGUGACCCAAACUUUAAAAAGAAGCAAGAAAUCCGCCGAAUCCAGCCUCUUUUCCGCAAGCAAUUUCAAUCUCCCCGCUCCUCUUUAACGUCCUUAGUAUCCCCUACCAAUCAGCCUCCAUCUACCUCAAAUUUUCUUCAGAUCGAUUCUAUGUCCCCUGCAGGUGUUCGUCCAGAAACCGCAGAGCCAGUCCUCCACAGCGACGCCCACAUAGAAUCCGAAAUUAAGCGUUUAAUUGGCGAGCGCAUUUCUUUAAUCAGAGAACUUGUGACUUACGGAGAAAAAUACGAAAAUAAGCUGUGCAUGAAAGCCAGAUUCAGCCAAAUGCUUGGGUACUGCCAAAAACUUGAUAGCAUGGUAAAAGAUGCAGGAAGCCAUAUAAAACAAGAAAAAGAGCUCUUUGAUAAACUAGAAAGUGGGCUUGGUGUGAUAAGAUCUCAAGAAAAAAACAAAGAAAGGCUAUCACCAAUGAAAAAUUAUGAAGAAAGUCCGCCUGAUACAGAAGAAGGGUUAGAGCAUCAGCAUUGUGUGGAUAUUUCUGGGGUAACGUGCUUGGCAUACAUAAGGGCAAAUAGGGAUAUGAGUGAAUUUGAAGUAUCCUUGGCCAGAUAAAUUUUAAUGACUAUAGAUUAUAAUUUUUUAUAUCCAAUUUAAUUAAAAUCAGCAUAAAUAUACAUGUGGAUAUAAGCUGUGAAGUUUUUACCUAUGAAUUUAAGCAAUUUCGUUUCAGUAUCCCAGAAGUAGUUAUAGGUGGAAGAUUUCUUUCUCUUGCUGUAGAAUGAGACUUAUUCCCCCAUUUCUAUUUUACUUCCGAAAAUGGGUCGCUAAAGCUAGGUUUUGAUAGAGAGUAUGGAAUUCACAAAAUUUAUAUCAUAGCAAAAAUCAGAGGGUUUUAUUUUCAGCAGGUCUGCGUGAUGUUGACUGAGAAGUCUGAUUCUUUUAUAUUAUCAAUAGAAGAGCCGAGCAUUUCUAAAUCUCCUAUAAAGGCUGAAGUCGCCAAGGAAAGGCUUAAACUCGACUCUAGCGCUGAGCUGAUUUCUUCAUCAAGAAGAAAAGCUUUUAAACAUUUAUUAGAAGAAAAACUAAGUCUGCUAAAAGAUGACGGAGGCUUGAAGCUUACAUGGGGAUCUUCAUUAUGAGAUAUGGAAAAAAGGCUUAAUAAAAGGAAAUCAGAUAUAAGGAAAACCAUGUUUAGCUUUUUCAAUGUAAAAGCUGAUCCUGGACUGUACUCAGACUAUGAUGUACUGAUGCAUCAGGAUAAAAUUAAUAUCAACGGAAACAAAGGCUUGGUGGUUUCUAUUAAAAUUAACACAAUUUUAGACCUGCUGAGGCUGGAAAUAAAAUAUGACAAUUUAUCAAGAAUAAUUAAAGAAGAAGACUAUAGAGAAGAUUUUUUGUUUUUAAAAAGCCUGAGUUUUGAUGGAGAAAUCCAGUAUGCAACGUUAUUCAGGUAAAAUUAAAAUAUUUUUUAAAAUAUAAAAGCAAAAUUAUUUUGAUUUUUUAAAAUUUUUGCGUUUUGUUAUUCAGGUCACUGGAAUUUGAAUAUUUUAUCCGUCAAAUUUCGAUGUCACGCUAA